AUGCAGUUUGAAUACGAUGCGUUUGUUAUGUACAGCUCCGAAGACAAAGGUUGGGUGGUAAGAACUCUUAUUCCAACUCUUGAGGAAAAGUGCGUUUACAUCUGUAGGAAGACAAUUGCUGUUGUGUCCAUUCACUUUUUAAUAGAACUAUUGUGGCACAGAACUAGAUUACGCUCUUCAUCAACUUAUGGAAAAGAAAGGUGACAGCCUCGUUGUAAUCAAACUUGACGAUGUCGAUAUUAUGAAACUCCCCAGGGAACUACAAAAAGGGAUUUACAUACACUAUCCAAAGUCCACUGAUAAAGAAACGUGGGAGAAAAAAUUAGUAAAUUUUUUCACGUCUACCUGA